AUGCAAGAAGAGUAUUAUGAUGAAGAUGGAUUUAAACUGCAUUUCGAAGAUGAUGUCCCGCUCCUCGAACGGCAGUUCUACUUGCGGGCCUUUCCGAAUGUUAGUAAAAUCGCCGACCGAAAGGUCCACUGCACAGCAUGCCAUACACACAUCGGAACGGCACCGGUGUCCGAGGCCAUCAUCCGGAUGCAUCCCGUGUUGAAGGUAACGCACUGCCGAUCGUGCCACGCGUUCUACAGCAGUGGCGAAUUCGAUAAGGGAGAGGAUGGCAGCGAACUGUACUGCCGCUGGUGCGGCCAGGGAGGAGAAGUGUACUGCUGCUCGAAAUGUCCGUACGUGUUCUGCAAGAGUUGCAUCGUGCAGAACCUAUCGCGAGUGUGCGUGCAAGAUAUAGCGCGCAACGAGAACUGGCAUUGUUUCGGUUGCGCCCCGAGGAUCGUGUGGCAUAUGCGAGCUCAGCACUGGGCCUUAAUGAACUACAUCAACAAGCAGAAAAAAAUGAUCAAAAGCAGGAACCUUUCUGCCAUCGCCAUUCAGCAACUGAUGAAGCAGGACAACACCGUUUGCUGCUCGACGAGGGUGCUAAACACGCGGCCGGGAAAGAAAGCCGUCACGUACGGUGGGCCUCGCAAGAAUAUCAAACGGAUAAACGACGACUUCUCCGAUGACUCGUCGUCCAACGACGACGCUGAAGCUUCGACCAGUGCGGCCUGUUCGUCCAGCAAGCCGAUGGUUAGCAUACCGUCCGGAGAGCAAAAGCUGUUGAAUGUGUCGCUGCCUCGGAUUGAAGUGGCCACUACUCCGCAAAUCAAAAAGGUUAGCCACCCGUCGGACAGACCGAGCCAACAACCGGGUCAGCCGCAGCAGCAGCACCAACAGGAAGCGUAUCAGGCGCAACAACAAUUGCAGCAGAUAGCGCAGCAGAAACAGGACGCACGGCGCUGGGCCCCUGUUCAUCGGCACCAAAGCGGACCUCUCUCGAUCCUGCCUCCCGCCAAAAAGGCGAGAAUGAGCAACGACUCCGAAGUCGUCUGUACACCAGACAUCUCGGGAAUUCUCACACCGGCGGAGGAUCCCAAAUCGUCGGCAUCACCCGGUCAGCAGCAGCAGCAGCAGAACCAGCAGGGGCAGAAGUUGGUCACAGUGCGAAUGACGCCCGCCGGCCAGCCGAACGUCAGUCCGCGGUAUGCCGCGGCACCAAUGGUACAAAAGGUGCGAAAAUUGGUGCCGGCGUCGAGCAUGUCGGGUGGCAAAGGUAUGCCACCUGCGCCUGUCUACCAUACGAUCAACGGCUUUCGUGUGGAUCUGAGCACGGCCUCCCAGCAGAACACGUUCCGUCUGCCGAACGGGAAGCUUAUUCAGGUGCGAAAGCAAGGAAGCAGUAGCUCCAACAACAAGCAGCCGGAACGGCUGAACGGAGAAGUGGUCACGAGCACAACAGCGGCCACACCACAGCAGCAGGCGGUGUUGUUGCCAAACGGCCUCGCCACGACUGAGAAUUACACCGUAAUGUCGGUUCCUUCCGCCGGCAAUCUGUUGGUAUCCACUGCUAACAUUCGACACUCGAUGCAGCCAAUGCAGUCCAUGCAGCGAGCCACUGCGGUCUCUCACAGUAACCAGCAGGUGCGGUCAGUAGGACAGCAGCCAGGGCGUCCAAUAUUACCACGUCCACCGGGUGCUGCCCCGCCCGGGCCGCCAACGGGGGCUCAGGCCGCGUACUUCCGAAAUCAAACGUACAGCAUCAUUCCUCAGCCACCCGCCGGGCUGGGCGGUGGGCCUCAACCCCAGCCCCAGCAGCAGCAGCAACCGCAGCAGCAGCAGCCGCAGCAGCAGCCGCAGCAGCAACAGCAGCCGCAACCGCAGCAACAGCAGCAGCAAAUGCAUAACAAUAUUCCGUCGGAACACUUAAUUCCGAUGCUGGCGGCCGCGUUCUCCGCUCACUCAGGAAGCGGACCAACCGCCGGUGCCCCCAGGAACUACGGCACAAUGGGUUCCGCACAAUCGUCCCUGGUGAGCACACUGCGCACGAUGGUAAACGGUCCACACGAGGACACAGCGCUCGGGAUUGCGCGGCAAGAGUACGAGUCCAAGCUGCUGCUCGGAACGGAGAUAUGCACCCAGAUCGUCACCAAAAUCGGCUCCCUGAUCAACUCGAACUCGUUCAAGCACAUUCGUAACGUGUGCGACCUGAAGGAACUGUACAUCCACCUGUCCUACCUGCUCAAGUACGGCAUGGGUCGGCUGCAGGUCCUGCAGGACCGGUGCGUCGACGACGUGAAGAGCAUGGGCUUCGACAAGCCGUCCGACUUCGUGAUGGUGGGCGAGAUCCGCAACCGCAACCCGGAGGACGACAAGAGCGGCGACGAGGACGACUGCGAGAUCAUCGAGCAGAACACGACCGUCAUCGAGGUCGACUCGGACGACGAAGACGGGGGGCAACCGCCAGCGCCGGUCGAAGCUAAUGUGACCAUGCAGUUCGAAGUCGUUGCUAGUGCGCAGGGAACGUACGACAUUCUGCAGGUCAGUUCGACGCGAUCGAGCGUCUCGACGUCCCACGGAUCACCGGAACGCGACGCCGCUCCCGUCCCGUCACCGGUUCCCGUCGUCGUCGCCGCCGCCGCAGCUCAGGAUGGUGGUGCGGCUGGCGCCGAUGACGUGGUCGCACCGGCGGAUCCGUCAAUGUACAAGAGAACGGAGGGCAGCGAAAAUGAUUCUCCGGCAAAAGAACCCGCGGAUGUCACACAAUUGGUGGACGCUCCCAAUAAAGAACCGACCGCCGGUGCUGCCGAGGAGCUGGUAGAGCUGAUUGAGAUGCAUGAAAGCGAAGUCACGGACGAGCGAACGACGGCGGUGGGUGAAGAUGGAAAAACGACACCCGCCGCGGAUACGUCGGCGUCGGACGCCAAAGAGGGUCACUCAUCAUCCGGCAGUGAUCUGCUGUUGGGGCUGAAGGAUGCCGUGGAACUGAUCGAGAUCUCGGCCAACGAAGUAUCGGAGUUGCUUGAGAUCAGCGGGGAGCAGGAAUCGGAAGCGCCUGCAGCUGACAGUGCACAGAAAGAAACCGAUCACCACCGGGAAUCGGAACCGAUCGAAACGCCGUUGGUCGCCAAUCCGGACGGCGACGCCAGAGACGAGACAGUGGACAAGGCAAGCGCACCAAAGCACGGUGAUGAUGACGCUUCCCCGAACGAGCUUCAGAAGACGAUGGACGACGACAGCGAAACGGUGACCGCUGGAGCCACACCGGAGGAUUCUGUCCCCUCGGGAGACAGUGCGCACGAACCGAGGUUGGUAGAAGCCACGGAAACGAACCCCACAGAUGUGCCGGAAAGUGAAAAAGAAGAGUCGAAUUGUGAUGAACCGAAGGACCGCGACGUGGAAAUGGAACCGGCGGACGGUGGCUCUGGCACCUCGGCUGCCGCGGCUGAGGAUACUAGCAUGCUGCCAACGAACGACAAUGUCGUGGUGGAUUCGUUGUCUUCAGCGAAGAACGACGAGCAACGGCCAGACGAUGAUGACGGUGGUGGCCAUCGAUUGGACAACAGUGACGACUAUGACAUGGAGCAGUACGAUGACGGCGACGAAGACCAGUUGAAAGACGGAGUGGAAGAAGACGAGAACGAGGUACUGAUACUGUUUCCGACGGAAGAAGCGGAAAGCAACGCCGAGGGUAUCGAUCCCAAGAGAAUCGAAGAAGAGCCAAAGCCCUCCGAUCUAGUCUACGAGCUUCUCGCGGAAGAGUACCAGAGCAAGAGCAAGUCGAACGAUCUACCCCUGGACGACCCCGUCCCAGACAAGGACGUGCUGCACGACGGUGUAGAAGACGAACCAGACAAGCAGCUCCUCGAAGACCGGUUGCUGGCCUCGAGCGGCCAGGAAAUGGAAAAUGGCGGGAUCCAGGAGAUGGGGAAAAUCGGCUUAUUUGAGGACAAUUAGAGCAGAGAAUGAAUUUGUCUGUCUGGGGCACAAACAUAUGGGCUCCGUAUCGGAGGCGUGUGCCUGGCGGAGUUUCUUCAACUGUACAUAAAAUAGAUCAUAACGUAGAUUAAACUAUUUAUAUGCGCAACGUACGUGUGUAUGUUUCAACUAAAUUAGCACAAGGCAUCAUUCGAGUGUCAAUAAAUAGAUUAUAAGACUUGCGAAAUAAAUGAAAUGGUCCAAUCGAUUAUUUCAAUCAAACCA